GAAAAACCCUAAAUUAUUAUAACCUCACUUUUGAAUAUAGAUUCGUUGUUGUCAAAACUCUUAAUUUAACGUAUUUUCAAAAUGCCCUCAAAAAAGAAAAAGUACAACGCCAGAUUUCCCGCAGGUCGUAUUAAGAAAAUUAUGCAAACAGAUGAAGAAGUGGGAAAAGUGGCACAAGCAGUUCCAGUAAUAAUCUCUAGAACACUGGAAUUAUUUGUGGAGUCCCUCCUGAAAAAGUCCAUGGAAAUCACACAAGCCAGGAGUGCGAAAACUCUGACGCCAUCACACAUGAAACAGUGUAUUCUUUCUGAAAGUAGAUUUGACUUCUUAAAGGACUUGGUUAAAAACAUACCAGAUGCUAGUGUUCAAGAAGACAAUGCAAAUAAUGCACUGUUUGAAGCAUCUGUUAAGUUAGAAGAAGAAAACGAUAUGGAAGAUCAAAAUAUGGAUGGGAAUGAAGAUAGAGUAGAAUCAAAUCCACAAACAAGUGAUAGUGAAGAUAAAGGAUCGUCAUCACGGACGCCAGUAAUACAAUAUGCACCAAAUGUAACAUCGACUGGUUCUGCAAAAGUUAGUUUUUCAGUAACAAGUCUCUUAAAACCUGACAAACCUGAACCAAACUUACAUAUAGAAAUUGAAUCAGAGAAGGUACCUGUACAGCCUGAAAAUCAUCUACAACUUCCAAUUAGUAAUACAAUCCCUGCCAAGGUUCCUAGUGAUGGUGUACCUCCACUUAUUCCAAUUGCUCAUAAUUUUUAUAAUGCAAGUGCCAGUGGCAACUUGUGCAUUGAUGAAGAUUAUGAUAAUUAAAUUUUAUAAUGUAAGUACUGUAUUUAUUGUGGUCACUUUAAAAUAUGCUAAUUCUAUAUUAGAAUUUGUCAUACCCUUGAUUCUUAUAGUCAAGAUAUAUAGUGCUAAUUCCUGAUACUAAAUAUUUAGUUUAGAAUCCAACCAAAUUAGUAUUAUACAUGUAAAAUUAUUUGUUGUAUUAAAAUAACUAUACAAUAUUUUUACAAUGAUUUAAUUUGGUUUUUAUUAAUUUUUUAUCAUGUAUUAAAUAAAUGUAAUUAUAAUAUAUUCAUUCAGUAUAUGUGACCUUUGGUAAUUUCCAAUUAUUUUAAAUUAAUGUGGUUGUAAAUAUUAACUUAAUAAUAACAUAUUCUUCAAAUAAGGGCAUAUUUGUCUUAAUAAUGAAUUUUUGUUGGAAUUGUAUUUAUUUUUAUGACCCUUUAUUUUAGGAUAACAACGACUACUGUUGGUUAUUAAGGUACUGUCCAUACCAUAGCUGUAUUGUCUAUUAUGAAGAUAAUACACUAGUGACAUUGACUGAUUUUGUGAAUUUAAAAUGAAGUUUAUAAUUAUUUGAAUAUAAAAUAUAAUCUAGUAUCAUUUUCAUUGAACAUAAUUGGAGUGAUUGGAGCAAACAUAUAAUGAUUUAUAUAAUAUUAGAUAUUCUAAUGUCUUCAAAAACUUUUUACAGAAUGGCCCUUCAAUAAUAUAAUUGUAGGAAGUUAAUCUAUAAUUAUUUUAAAUAGAUAAUUAAAGUUAUAAUAUGACACUUAAACUCUUUUAAACAUUAAAAACUAUAUUUCACUUUGUAACUAAUAGGGGUUUAAUUUUAUAAUAAAAAACAUACAAUUAAUUAAAUGCAUUAUUUUGUUAAAACAUCAGCAACAACAGAAAGAUAAAACGACUGUAAUUAAAUUUGUUUAUACUCGGUUUUGUUAUUUUUCAAUGUAAAACUCUCAUAUUAAUAGAUUUAAUUUAGAAAAUUUUAGUUAAAUAUAUUUACUAUGACUUAACUUCAUACAAUUAUAUAUGUUUUGUAAUUAAAAUUUGAUCACGAAUUAUCAGUAUUUUUAUAUAAUUAGUACUAUAUAUGUUUGAUAAGUAAAAAUAAUUAAAAU